AGCUCGACGCGCUCACUGUCCUGCCCCGUUCGGCGGUCGGCGGGGCUUGCUGCGGGCGACAGCGGGCAUCGCUGCGUGGCAGGCGAAUGACGUCGAGCGCAGCCUCCUCUGCCAGGCGGCGGGCUUGUCCGGCGAAGAGAGCCCGCCGGCUGGUGGCGCUUUUGCUGGCGGCGGUUGCCACGGGCCUCGCAGCCCCGGCCUUCGUGGCCAGCGGCAGGCGCUCGCCGAUGAGCGGCGGCAGGCGCCCUAGCAGCUCCCGUGGCGCCAUGUCCCCCGGGCCUGCGGUGACCGAGCGGCCGAUGGGUCUCAACGGCCACGGCGGAGGGCUCGGAGAUAGCGGAGGGCUGAACGGCGGCAGGAACGAUGGCGGCGGGGACGGCGACCUGCCCGACAUGAGCCCCGAGGAUUUCGCAAGGCUUCGAUUGAAGCGAGGCCACAACUUCUAUGCGCUCAACAACGAGGCCGAUCUGGACAUGCUGCUGCGUCAGAGUGCGCAGGCUCCAGCCUGUUGGGCAGAAGAAUCGGGUCUCUGGGCCCUUGCCGCAUGUUAAGAUGCAUUGUUGCGGAACUAGACAGGUGUGUAUGGAGAGCAACUUGAUGUGAGGUCAGGCGAUGCCGCGCGAUGUGGUUGUAUCGGUGUGGUGAGUUGAAUUAGUUGGUCUGCAUGCAACGCGAUGUCUCGUGCAUGUGAAAUAGGUGG